UACUUUGUAUUCAACCAAAAUAUUUAUUGUGUUAGCGAAAAGUCCAAUUUUAUUAAUCAAUCUUAUUAGAAUCGUUCUAACAAGUUGAAAUUUUUGAAUUUACCACUGGUAGAACUGAUAUACUGUUGUCACUUUGACGUUGUCAAAGUCAAUAACAAAAAUAUAACCUGCAAUUUCAUGUAUACACCCACAAAAUGACAACUAUACGACACACGAUCCAACAGGAAAUCUUCCAAGGCAAGGAGGAACGACUAAUAUCCAUCUGCCAUGUGGGGAAGUUGCUGAAGAAGAAGAAAUCAUCCUUCAUGUGCAUAGUUAGCACCACAAGUGCUCCUCCAAAUAUCUCUUUGGUGCAAGUAAAGCAAACUGACAAGAGCUUCAAGAGGAAGCGCUCCUGGGCACUUGCAGAACUCAAGAUAGUUGAUGGGAGAAGUGAAGGUAGUGAUAAUGUUGAGUUUGAUUUGCACAUUGAUAAACCCUAUAGAUGGGUGGCUUCAACCAUUCACGAGAGGCAGAACUUCAUCAUUACACUCUAUAGACAAUCAAAUAAGUAUUUGGCAAAAGAGAAACCAAUUUUCAAGAACAUUCCAAAAGCAUGGCUGAUAGAGGACGUGAUGACGCCAGAAAGUAUUAAAUUUUCAGCAUCACCACUGAUUGGCAUGGACUCAGAACUGUCUGAGGAUUUCCAAGCCAUCACUGAUAAAGAACAGGAAGAUUUGAGCAAAUUGAUGUCUGACUGUGAAUUUGCCAUUAGCAAUGCAGAAGCGUUCAUGGAGGUGCUAGCCAGAGAUUUGUCUUUGUUGGAUGGCGAGAAUGUGCAGUGUGUUUUAGCGUCUGAAGCGCAAGUCGAGUCCUUGAUGGAACAACUUCAGAUGGCGAUAAACGAAGCGGAGAGGAUCGAGAAUCGCCUGGAUAGCUAUGAUGAGAUCUUGUGUCACGUUAGGGACACCAUGCAGAAUAUGGAGAAGAAAAAUUCUAUGAUUGAGGUGGCCAAUACAAACAACCAAUUGUUAUUGCAAGAAUUAGAGAACGUUGUUACUCAGUUGGAUCUGCCUAGAAAAUUCCAGGAUGCUUUGGAUGACGCCGAUUUAACCAAUCCUCAGGGUUUGAAGGCAGCAAUUGAAGCUGGAAAUGCGCUAAGGAUCGCAAUGAAUUCGCAAUUAGAUCCAGCACUUUUGCGUAUGGCUGCUGUCCAAGAACAGCGCAAACGAUUUGAAAAAUACAAAGAAAAAUUUUCUCGCACUAUUAGCAGACAAUUAAAUAAUCUCUUCAUUCAUUACGGUAAUCAUAAAGGUGAUGCAGAACACACGGCAGACGGUUUGAUUCUACCUCAGCAUAGCGCGGUCCACAAAGAGUUAAAUAUGUACACGGAUCUUAUGCAUUGGAUUAAAGUAAUGGAUCGCAAUGCUUAUAACCAGCUGAAGAAAGUGUACACGGAAUCAUUGGGAAAACUGUACGAUAGGGAUUUGCGAUACUUAUUCGAAGUCGCUAGAGAAAAGGUGGCUGUAAAUGGGCCUGUUACGACGCCCACCAGAAAUUCCGUUCUUUUAGGCUUAGAUCGCGACCAGUGGACUUUAGAAACUACGACUUUGGAUCGAGAAAGAUACGAAUCUUGUUUGGAACAAGUAUUAUCUCUGCUUGAGCCUGUUUGUCUCCAGGAACAACAGUUUUGCGUAUCUUUCUUCCAGUUGGACGUUCUUAGUCCAAGUUCAAAGAACACUUUAACAACUCUGGAUGGAGUGGACGGCGAUACGGCUAUUUUACCACACAAGAAAGCGGAAAAACAAGUCAACGAGGACGUUAGAAACAUGAUGGGGAGUUUGUUUAAUUGUCUGGAAGAUGAGCUAGUUAGCUUCAUAGGUCACAUAGAGAAACAAGAUGCUUUCUAUUGCAUGUACGUUCUGAUGCACCUGAAUCAGCACGUGAUGUCCGCCCAGAGCUCGUUCCUCAGCAAUACCUACGCUUCGGUAUUGAUUCAAAUUAAGAGGUCGCUAGAUAAAUUCAUGCAGACCCAAAUCGAGUCCAUCCGAGAGUGCAAACUACAACGUCGCUCCAAAUGCGGAAUCUUACCAUACGUUUUAAAUCUAGAGGAGUUCGCGAAGAAUGCAGACGUACUUCUCAAGAGCGACCGACGCGCCGAUUUAGAAAAAUGGUAUACGCGCUUAGUGGAUACCAUCAUCGAGUGCAUCUCCAUGCAUUCGACUGACCACAGUAAAACUCCGUCGCAGGUCAUCAAAAUGGAAAACUACCACAACUUGUAUUCACUUCUUUCGCAAUUGAAGAUCUCUGUAUUGGAUGCGCAGCGGAAGGAUGCUAAGCAGAAAUACAACGAUUCAUUGGGAACUUACGUGACACAGUAUUUCGGAAGACCUCUGGAGAAAUUGAAUACUUUCUUUGAUGGGGUUCAAGCGAGGGUCGCGAGUGGCGUGAAAGCCUCCGAGGUCAGCUACCAAUUGGCGUUCAGUAAGCAAGAGCUGAGAAAAGUCAUUAGCCAAUACCCGGGAAGCACGGUCAAGAGGGGCCUGGAAUCGCUGUACAAAAAAGUCGAGAAGCACUUGUCGGAAGAUAGCAACUUGCUGCAAGUGGUAUGGAGAGCGAUGCAGGAAGAGUUCAUCCAGCAGUACAAAACUCUGGAAGAUCUGAUACAACAGUGUUAUCCGGGUUCAAUGAUCACACUGGAAUUCACCAUCAACGAUAUCCUGAAUUUCUUCUCGGACAUUGCCCGUUCCCAUUAACAGUUAAAAUUUGUUUUCUUUGUUAUAAGUUAAUCAGAAUAAUAUUUAUUUAGCUCUUAA